AGAACACCAAAUCAAGCCCUUCUUCUUCACUGCAGUGUCGUUUUCCGCUAGGGUUUCAGUAGUAGGUGUGUAUUGAAAAUGUCAAGAGUCUAUGUUGGAAAUCUGGACCCUAGGGUCAGUGAAAGAGAGCUUGAGGAUGAAUUCCGCAUCUUUGGAGUUAUAAGAAGUGUUUGGGUUGCAAGACGUCCCCCUGGCUACGCUUUUAUUGACUUCGAUGAUCGACGGGAUGCACAAGAUGCAAUCAAAGAGCUGGAUGGUAAGAAUGGAUGGAGAGUGGAGCUUUCACAUAAUUCUAGAGGAGGAGGUGGUGGGGGCCGUGGAGGGGGUCAAGGUCGAUCUGGAGGCUCUGAUUUGAAGUGCUACGAAUGUGGUGAAUCAGGUCAUUUUGCUCGUGAGUGCAGAACGCGUGGGGGUCCCGGAGCAGGAAGACGUAGAAGUCGGAGCCCUCCUAGAUACCGCAGGAGCCCAAGUUAUGGUCGUAGCAGGAGUUACAGUCCUCAUGGGCGUUCCCCUAGGCGCCGAAGCCCGUCACCACGUGGUCGCAGCUAUAGCCGUUCUCCAUAUCGCGGCCGAGAAGAAGCUCCAUAUGUUAAUGGAAAUGGACUUAAAGAGCGUCACAGAAGCCGAAGCUGAAUGAAAGAGAUGAUAGCCUGACAUGUCCUGGAGUUUUUCGAUUUGUGUUACUGUCCUUGACUUAAUCACAACUGUGUAAGUGAGGCCAUGCCCUCGGCUUAAACUGGUGGUUUUGGUUAAGUUUAACUUCUUGCUUUGGUAUCGUUAGUGUUGGUUUUAUUUUUGCUUAAUGUUACCCGUUUUAAGAACCUAAUAUCAUAAGGGUUUAUAUUUUGGAUUUUAUGGUAGUUGUUAUUUUUUAUGAAGAAAAUCACAAAGAAUGUUGCUAAAGAUUUAUGUUUUGUUUUCUUGUGCCGAGGUGUCUUCCUGGUACUGCUUCAUUGGUUUUCUGCUUCUACACUCUGUGGUUUCGUUCUUCACUGCCCUGCUGCGGGAUCUUCAAUUUUGAAGAUUGUGGAUCCCAGCUGGCUACAUUGCUAGAUGCUUCUGUUUCUUGAAUCUCUGUGGAUAUGACGCGCCUCUCCUCAAAUUAUAGUGGUAUUUCUUUAAGUUCAUAUUAAGGAUGAGGAUUGGCAUGACACACGACUGGCAGGUACAAUCUGUUCCAAGGAGUUUGGGGAUUUGAUGUUCUCCUUUAAACUAAAUUGUGAAUGGUGCUCCUUUUGGGUUCAUAGGGCAGUGUCCGAGUCUAUGCUCAUGAGAAUUUUGGUUCCCUUUUGACUUUAUAUGCUAGCUGCUUCAUUUUGCUUUUUGGCCCCUUCUUUUCGCCCACUCUUUCAAUAUCACCUGUCAAAAUAUCAGUCCUCUUUUAAAGGAGUGUUCUCCAUAAUUUCUUUCUGUCUAUCAAGGAUAAAGAGUUGGUUACAAUUUUAUUAAAAUGUUCCCUUUAAGAGUGACUAAUAUCUUUUGAAACUUUUAAGUUACUUUUUCUACUUCUCCACACAAAGCUAGUGUUUUGUUUUCAAAGGUGCCCCUUGUAUAACCCCCUUUUUACCUUAAAAAACAGUCACAUCUAUUUCUGUUAAACUUCAUCGUUCAUUUUUUAAUUAAGUUCUCUUUUUUCAUUAUCUGACAUACAUAGUGUGGGGUGUCCGUUAGUAGUUUCACUCAUCAAAGUUGUAGAAUAUGCAUGAAUGUAGAGGACCGCUCGCCAUUGGCCUUUCCAGUAGAAGAGCUUGCUUUGACUGCCUGCACCCAAGGUGUUCAGCUGAUUGAGAUUCUCGUCUUUGAGAUAUGGCCUCACUGCUCUGGGCAAUUCUUCUUACACCAGUUUACAUCAACUAUUCUACUAUAUCUGUGCAGUAAUUCACUAGCUAUUGGCUGAAGUUCAAUCAUGUCUCUUUGAUCGCUCCAGUCCUUUUUCUGUCCAUUUUGCUGGAAACCAAUUCUAUACUGAAGUCUUGGAUAUGUUCUAAAAUUCUCUGUUUCCUACUUCUCGUCUGUUUAUGCUCUUUAUAAACAUUGUUUUUCUUGAGUUGAAUGUGAUAGAAUUUGGACAGGAACUC